AUGUUUUUCAUUUUUCUUAUAACCCAUAGCAACCUUCGGGAUGAGCUUGUGGAGAAACAGAAAGUACGCAUACGAAAUGCGGAAGCCAGUGGAGACGGACAUUGUUACAACUGUGGCCGAUUGUUUAUGGCCGUGUUCAAUCCACCCGUACAAUGCUACCUUUGCAAACACGAGUUUUGUCGCAUGUGUAUGGAAAAGAUGCCCAAAUCCAAGGAACUCAUUUGCAAAUUUUGUCGUUUCGAAAGCGUGCAUCGUGGUCGACUCGGCGUAUGGUUCACCGAGGAACUUAAAGUGGCCCGGGCUCAAGGUCGUGUACGUGGAGUAAGCGGUCCGGAGGCGCUUCGUUCAUCUCUCCUUCGACUCAAGCGCAUUUCUCCGUGUCCGUCAUACACCACAUUCCCUGAGGAGACAGGAAACGCGUCUGAAAUGGAACCUGACUAUGGACAUUGGGCCGCCUCGGUUCCAGAACCGGCACCAUCAAUAGAUCGAUCAUUGUCACGGACAUCACUCGACGAUUUAGAGAUUCCGUUCGUAAAUGUUAGGGAUGACGGCGAAGACCUGGACACAACUUAUCAGCGUAAUGCAAAACAGCUGGAGCAAAAAGAGGCUUCGAUUCGCUCAAAAGGAGAAGUCUCCGUUUCAUCUGUCGCACCUCGAGAAGAACAACCUACGGAUAAAUCUGAAUGGAUGAGUCCUCGAGUUUCUAUUGAACAUGCCAGUCCCCCACUUAAAACUUCCACAGUCAGUGUCAGUCGGAACAAAAUGUCGUUUGGGGAAUUCGAGGCGUCUGAAGGAGAACCAAAACUGCAAAGCCUCGAUGUCGUGGGUCAGGAGACACCGAUCAAAUCGGCCUCGAGGGUGCAAAAGUCAUACGAGAGUGAGUUGAGAACGCCCGACGACACGGAGCUACUCUCCGAGCCAUCAUUCAUAGGUAUGCUCCAGGGUGAUUUGACGGGGGCUGAGGCGGAAUCCCACCUGGCAGCCAGACGUCGAUUCCGACGCGUGCGAUAUUUGGACAGUCGUGGGUCAAUGGAGAGCUUGCCUAUGGGAUCAGACAGUGGCUACGGACCACCACGAACUGAGAACUGGGUAAAUGAAGCUCAAAAAGAACACGAUCAGAGCUCAAAUGUUUCGCGUAAACCACCUCCCGGACCGCCUAGUGAUAGCUCCUACGAGCGCACGCCCAGUGCGAUAUCCGAGCGUCCCCCAGGCUCGGUCGCAAGUGUCUCACGUCCGGCCACACCCUCCCAACCCAGACCAGAUCUCCACUCAUCGUUCUCCGAUCUACGCAGCCACGGUCACAAACCUCGCUUGAGCUCGGAGGCCGGGAGCAAGUCGACUUUGAGUUUAGCCAGCAAGCUGCCAACCGUGUUCCCAUCGCAUUGUCAGGGAUCACCAAUGGUUACGUACAAAGCUUCCAUACAACCAGUUUUUGCUCAGCCCGGCGAUGAGCGUCAAACUCUGACUGAGAAAGAGUUUGGCGAACUGGGUCCAUUGAACAUGCCCGAUGAUCACGUGACCAAAGCGAAUAGUCUACGAUAUCUGAGUCCACAUUCGCAUGCUCGUGGCACAGGUUCCAUGCUGAGCAUCUACAGCGAACGGGAGUCAAGUUACACCCACGGGAUCGCGAUUACCGGUGACCUACGGCUAGACAUCCGUUAUGAUACACAAAGUUCCACGCUGAGAAUCGCUGUCAAACAAGCACGUGAUCUGGCCAUUGCGGACAAGAAACACCAAGCCUGUAACCCAUAUGUGAAGGCAUAUCUCCUACCAGACAAGACCAAGGGUAGCAAACGUAAAACUUCAUACAAGAAGCACACCAGGAAUCCAGUCUUCGAGGAGGAACUAAAAUAUCAUAUUCCCUACAGUGAACUCUCCGAGCGAUCCCUACAAAUCUCGGUCUGGCACAAAGCUAGCGUUGGUACAAAUCUGUUCCUCGGGGAAGUGAUCAUUCCCUUCGCUGACUUCUCUUUUGAUGCCGGCGCUAAUUGGUAUCCUCUAUCAGAAAGGCGUCAGAUUGCUCUUUCACCCAGUUUACAAAUCUUCCGUGGAGAAUUGCUGUUGGCCCUGAAGCUCGUCCCUGGUGGUACCAUGGGACGACAGAGUGAAUUGCACGUGUGGAUCAAAUCGGCCAAGGGCUUGAGCACCUCUACAACUGGUCGAUCAAAAAGUUCAACUGUGGAUCCUUAUUGUAAAAUAUACAUCCUGCCUGACAAAGCAAAGAACAGUAAACGAAAAACUGCUGUGGUAAAGAAGAGCAAUAAUCCGGAAUGGAAUACCAAUUUUGUUUAUCAGAAUAUCGAUCGAACCCAGUUGAACGGCAUGGGUUUGGAAAUAUCUAUCUGGGACCAUGAUCGGCUCUCAUCCAACGAUUUUCUUGGCGGUUGUCGACUCAAUAAUGGCAACAUGUCCCAACGAUGGAUGGACGCAACGGGAACCGAACAGUCUGUUUGGAUUGCUAUGAUGGAGCGUCCGCAAACGUGGUUCGAAGGCCUGAUUCGAUUACGUGCCAAUCUGGACUGA